GAGCGAGAGAGAGAGAGAGAGCUUGGCGGAGCCGCCGAGCCAGCGCAGAGAGGCACGGAGACGCAGCACGGAGCAUCACACACCAGGGCGACUUCAUCUGGGAACGAAUACAACAACUUGAAAAACAGGGACACACCGGUGGUUGAACCAAAACAACGUAGGAGGUAUUCUCUGCACGGACAUAAAAUGAAAGGGUUACCUGGCCGCAUUUUGGAUUUGGAGUCGUUCAUUACACCGCUGCGACUUUGACACAAGAGUUGCGCAGAGUCUCUAGGAGUUGUCUGUUGGAGGCAUUUCAAGCACCCAGAAUCAAACUUGACUUGGGGCAUCCAGGAACCAGUCAGGGAGUAAAGCUAAACAGCCUACAGCGCUCUUUGGAAAGAAAGACACAAAAGCACCGCUGCCACCAUGGAUGAGGAACAGUGUUACUACAACGAGACCAUCGCCUUCUUCUACAACCGCAGUGGCAAGUACCUUGCUACUGACUGGGACACCGUCAGCAGGCUGGUGAUGGGCCUGGGCAUCACCGUGUGCAUCUUCAUCAUGCUCGCCAACCUUCUGGUGAUGGUCGCCAUCUACGUCAACAGGAGAUUCCACUUCCCCAUCUACUACCUGAUGGCCAACCUGGCAGCUGCUGACUUCUUCGCUGGACUGGCCUACUUCUACUUGAUGUUCAACACGGGGCCCAACACGAGGCGUCUGACUGUUUCCACGUGGCUGCUGCGCCAGGGCUUGAUCGAUACCAGCCUGACGGCGUCUGUGGCCAACCUGCUCGCCAUCGCCAUCGAGCGCCACAUCACCGUGUUCCGCAUGCAGCUACACACGCGCAUGAGUAACCGCCGUGUGGUGGUGGUGAUUGUCAUAAUCUGGACCUUGUCCAUUGUCAUGGGGGCCAUCCCCAGCGUGGGCUGGAACUGUAUCUGUAGUAUUAAGUCUUGCUCCAACAUGGCGCCGCUUUACAGCGACUCCUACCUGAUCUUCUGGGCGGUGUUUAACCUAGUGACUUUUGUUGUCAUGGUGACGCUAUAUGCCCACAUCUUUGUCUAUGUGCGACAGAGGACCAUGAGGAUGUCGCGGCACAGCUCUGGACCACGACGCAACAGAGAUACCAUGAUGUCUCUGCUGAAAACCGUGGUGGUAGUGUUGGGUGCGUUCAUCAUCUGCUGGACCCCCGGCCUGGUCAUCCUCCUCCUCGACGUCUUCUGCGCCAACUGCAACGUCCUCACCUAUGAAAAGUUCUUCCUGCUUCUCGCCGAGUUCAACUCGGCCAUGAACCCCAUCAUCUACUCCUACCGCGACAAGGAGAUGAGCGCCACCUUCAGGCAGAUCCUGUGCUGUCAGCGGCAGGAGAACGUCAACGGGACGGUGGCGGAGGGAUCUGACAGGUCGGCGUCGUCCAUCAACCACACGGUGCUUAGCGGCGGUACACAACAACAACACCACCACCACCACCCCCACCACCACAACAACGAACACUCAGUGGUAUAAAAAAAAAAGAAAAAAAAAAAGAGGGCUGGGGAUUGCGGCCAUUAAUUCAACUGCUUGGUGGGGUUGGUCUGUUUUGGAAGAUACUGACUGAAAGGAGGUAAUUGGCAGCAAGGAAAAGGUGGAGAGGGACCGCGAACACGACACGACCGAAAGACAGAAACGUAAGAAAUUGAAGAAUGAAGAUUAGGUAGACAGAGUAGAGCUGCGUGAGAACAGGAUGUGACUAUGAAGAAAGACGACAAGACUUUUAUCGCCGUGUGGAGGAAGAACGGGG